AUGGUGUGAAUGAAAUGUCCCAGGCUUUGAUUUGCAGUCACUCUGACCUGUAGCCUGUGUGCCCAGCUACCUGAAGUGAAGUUAAUGAUGCUCUGGGGUGGAGGAGUCAUUCUCUAGGGAAGUCAUUUCAUUUGGGCCUUACAAAAAAGAUUUGAAGUUAUGAACACGUCUUUCUUUCUGGUCUCAGCUGGAAGAGGAGUUGAAGGCACAGAUUGAACUGUGGGAACAGGAACAUUCAAAGACAUUUCUGGUAAAUGGGCAGAAAUUUAUGGAGUAUGUGGCAGAGCAAUGGGAGAUGCGUCGACUGGAGAGAGAGAGAGACAGACAGGAAAGACAACUCAAGAACAAAAAGCAGACAGAAACAGAGAUGCUGUAUGGCAGUGCUCCCCGAACACCCAGCAAGCGGCGGGGACUGACUCCCAACACACCAGGCAAAGCACGAAAGCUGAACACCACCACCAUGUCCAAUGCCACAGCCAAUAGCAGCAUUCGGCGGCCUAUCUUUGGAGGAACCAUCUACCGCUCUCCCAUGUCUCGACUUCCUCCGUCUGGCAGCAAGCCAGUCGCUACUUCCACCUCUUCAGGGAAGAAAAUGCCCCCUGCCAGCAGGCAUGGAGCUAACAAGGAGAACCUGGACCUCAACGGCAGCAUCCUGACUGGUGGGUACCCCGGCUCGGCCCCCGUCCAGCGCAACUUCAGCAUUAACUCUGUUGCCAGCACCUAUUCUGAGUUUGCGAAGGAUCCGUCCCUCUCUGACAGUUCCACUGUUGGGCUUCAGCGAGAACUUUCAAAGGCUUCCAAAUCUGACGCUACUUCUGGAAUCCUCAAUUCAACCAACAUCCAGUCCUAAGGCCCUGAGCAGUCAACCAGCUGUGGCUUCCUGUGCCUAGACUGGACCUCAUUUUAUGGGGGAGGCUUUAGUUUUUCUUGAGCUUAGGUGUGCUCAAAACCCUAGCCUUGGACAGGCUCCAUGACCAUGGGCCUAUUAGAGAUAUAAAGAGUGUUACAGAUGAACGUCCACCACAGGUUUAGUGGUCCUAGGAGACUUAGUUUUGACUUUAAAAGUUUAUGGCAGAAAGUACAAAUUUUAGCAUAUGGGGCCUGACUUCUUUACCACAUAAUUCUGCUUCCUGAAGUGUGAUCAAAAGCUUGUUUUAUUUCACCACUGUGUAGGAAAAUUAUUAACUAACUGUGCCCAUCCCUAGGGUAAUUUUGGCUUGUGUACUUGUAAUGAGUAUUAACAUCUUUUUUGUUUAGGGAUGUUCAAUUAAUGCUGUAGCUAUCAGCUUUGCUCUUACCUGAAAGCUUGUCCCCACCACACAGGACAGCCUUCCUCCUGAUGAGAAUGGCCGUGUGUGUCCAAAGUUGAGAUGGCCUGCCCUACUACUGCCAAAGAGGUGACAGGAAGGUGGGAGCUGCUUUGUUAGAUUGUGUUCAGUUCCGUUGCGCAGUGCAACGCCCUUUGUUGGCGGUAUGUAUGUAUGAACACACGUGCUCGUUGGAACUCUCCUCAGCAUUUGUCCCUGGCUCCAGUCUCCCCAUUUCUGUGCCUGCUGUGCCUGAGUUCUUCUACCCCUGCAGUUGCCAGCCACAUCGGGAGGCUGGCUGUUCCGAUGGGUUGGGUUAUCUUUGUCAUCGAGAUCUGGAACUUUGCACAUGUCACUACGAGGGAGUUGUUUCUACUCUAGCAUCUACGAUGAGGUGCCCUCCUUACCAACCCUCUCAGUCACUACUCUUCCUGAAGCACUAUUAUUUAUUCUUCCUCUGUCUGCCUGAACCAUUACUACUGUCAACAUAGUGUAAAUGGUUCUCAAAAGCUUACCAGUGUGGACUUGGUCUGUCACAGCCAUGCUGUUUACUCAUACAUGUAUGUGUCCUGUUUUUAAAAUAUAAAAUUAUUCUUAAAAAUAAAUUGUAAGUAUACAGAUUUUAAUUUCAAAAAGA